AUGUUGGACUUUGCAAUUUUUGCUAUAACUUUUCUACUGAUUCUGGUGGGAGCUGUUCUGUAGCUUUACCCGUCUUCCAGCCAGGCAUGUGGCAUUCCUGGCCUUGCUCCAACAGAGGAGAAAGAUGGGAAUCUACAGGAUAUUGUGAACAGUGGCAGUUUACAUGAGUUCCUGGUUAAUCUACAUGAAAGAUUUGGUCCUGUUGCUUCUUUCUGGUUUGGACGAUGGCUUGUUGUGAGUUUUGGAUCGCUUGACCUAUUAAAGCAACACAUCAAUCCAAAUAAAACUUAUGAUCCAUUUCAGAUGAUGUUAAAAUCCCUAUUGGGGUAUCAGUCCGGUGUUAUUGGCGAAGCAGCUGAGAGUCAUGUGCAGAAAAAACUAUAUGAAAAUGGUAUCACUAAGGCCCUAUAUAGCAACUUCAUUGUUAUAAUAAAGCUCUCUGAAGAAUUGUUAGCAAAGUGGGGUACUUAUCCCCAAUCUCAGCAUGUUCCACUGUGCCAGCAUAUGCUUGGAUUUGCGAUGAAGUCUAUUACCCAAAUCGCACUGGGUAGCAGCUUUGAAGAUGAUCGGGAAGUGAUCCGUUUCCGCAGAAAUCAUGAUGCUAUUUGGUCAGAAAUUGGAAAGGGGUUUCUAGAUGGGUCUAUAGAAAGAAGUCCGAGUAGGAAAAAGCAGUAUGAAGAUGCUUUGAUGGAGAUGGAAACAGUGCUGAAGAAAGCUAUAAAGGAGCGCAAGGUAAAGAACCCAGGGAAACAUGUGUUUGUGGACUCCUUACUACAAGGGAAUCUAAGUGACAAGCAAGUUCUUGAAGACAGCAUGAUAUUUUCCCUGGCAGGGUGUGUGAUUACUGCUAACUUGUGUACAUGGGCUAUCUAUUUCUUGACUACCUCAGAGGAGGUUCAAGACAAGCUGCACAAAGAGGUGACCCAAGUUAUUGGAAAGGGACCAAUAACAAUGGAUAAAUUAGAGCAGCUAAGUUACUGUCGGCAGAUUUUGUGCGAAACUGUGCGCACAGCCAGUCUGACACCUAUUUCUGCACGACUGCAGGAGCUGGAAGGAAGAGUCGACCAGAACAUUAUUCCAAAGGAGAUAAGAGGUACUCUUGUGCUGUAUGCCCUUGGUGUUGUGCUCCAGGAUAAUACGGCAUGGCCAUUAGCCUACAGAUUUGAUCCAGAUAGAUUUAAUGAUGAAACUGCAAAGCAGAGCCUUACUUUACUUGGUUUUUCAGGAAGCCAGGAAUGCCCAGAGUUAAGGUUUGCCUACAUGGUUGCAAUGGUGCUUCUUUGUGUCCUUGUAAGAAAGUUGAAUUUACUUCCUGUUAAAGGACAAGUCAUGGAGUCCAAAUAUGAGCUGGUCACAUCACCCAAGGAAGAGGCCUGGAUCACUCUGUCAAAGAGAAGCUGAACCACUUUUGUACUCGAACGGUUGCACCCAUUUCACAAGAAUACCAAAAUACAAUUAUCUCUCAGAAGAUAAGCUUUUUUUAAACAGUUUGGCUACCUGAAGCUUUGCAAAUUAUUACUAAUUUGUCAUAUUUUUUUAAUAGAGCAAGAAGUUGGUGUCUAAUUAUUAAGGCUUCCAUUUUCCAUGUUAAAAAUGAACCCCAUGGUAUUUUAAUGUAAUGUGGUCAUUACAUUUCUUAAAGAAACUUCUACAAAUGCUAAAAAAGGAUUCUAAAUGGCUGAAGAUAACUUUGCAUCUAUUAUGAAUUCUGUACAGGUGCAGAUAACAUACCAGAUUGAUGGGCAUGAAUAUUCUAUGAACAUAUAAGGAGCCGUCAUCCAGUUAUCAGUAGCAGCAAAUCAGCUAUUUAGAGGUCAUUUACUUACUGCAAGUGCAGGUGCGUGGGGCAAAGAUAAAAAAUUCCAUUCAUGGUGCAGAGACACACUCGAAGAUUCGGGAAGAUUUAGUCGCCCAGUGACAAAUCACCUCUUCUUCUGGCGACUAUUCUAAAUCACAGAUGGGAUGGCACUUGGAUCGCUUCAUUUUCCGAAGUCGCCCGAAGUUUCCUUUUGAGGCAACGAUCACCCCGUCGUCAAUUUAGAUUCUAGCCAGCGGGAAGGCAGUUCGGGGAGAUUAGUCGCCCGAAGAAGAGGCGUUCUGUUGCCGGGCGACUAAAUCUCCCCAAAUCUUUGCGCGUGUCUCUGCUCUUAAUAGCACUGGCAUCCAAAGCCACUACUUCUGCUUGUUGCUGCUGCCAUUGUCCCACCUCCUGUUAUGAAUUUUGUGCAAGUGUGUCAAUUGAUGUAGGGAAACCCUGGAGCUGGUGCCACCUCUGAAGGUGGUGGUAGCUCCAGGGUUUUCACUGUGGAAAAACAUACCAUUGUGGUAAUUGCACUAUGCAUACUAUGGAUUGGUAAGUAAAUGAUCCCAUUGGUUGUGUUGCCUGCUGAUUGUGAAAAAAUAUUGGCCUUUUGCUACAUAACUCACUUAGUCCAGUACUAGAACUAAAAUUAAAAGGUGGUCAGUUUGCUUGAAUAAAAUGGUUUAGUAUUUCUCAGCCACCCAACUAAAAAUAGCUGUACGUGCUAUUUCCCAUAUGCUAGUUCUAUCUUUCCAAUUGACUUCCUUGGGUUGUUACCUAUAUUUCCAACUAGACAUAGGCUUUCCCUGAUGACCUUACACCCAGUUAUUUUAGCAGUCUACAUAAGGCAUGAAAAAUCAGAUGUUCAAUCCAGAUAUGUCCACCUCCAGUGCUUCCUAAACAAGCACCUUAACAAGCAUUGUCCAAAAAUUGUUUCCCUCCAUUUGCUAAUGGAGCCUUACUCUGGUUGGAGGAAACUAACAUUUUUUUGAAUGCCCCUGCCAUUUCUAAGCCUCCCACAGCUGGAGGGAUCACCCUAGUGUGGGCAGUCAUGUUGAGCCACAUCUUUGCACAUAAUGAGCGAGUUUCCUGGGGCAUAAUGAUUGAGAGCUGUGAUACUAAUCUCAGUGUCCCAGCAUGGCCGCCCACGCUGGCAGCUCCUUCCCAGUGCAGGUGACUUUGCUCUCCCUUUAAGAUAAGGUUACCAGAUUUUCAAAGUGAAAUACAGGAAAUCUAUAAAAUUCUGGAGCAUGAAGGACAUCACACAAAUUUGUAUUUAGGCCAGGUCUACUUUUAGACCACACCCACUCAAGGUUACAGCUACAGCUUCCAAAAAAAACAGAAUAUGUAUGUAUGUUAUACAGUAGGGCCCUGCUUUUAAACCUGGGAAAAAAUUAAUGUGUCCUUACCAGCACUGGACCAUAAAGAUGCAACGGCAUUUCUGGGAAUACAUACAAUCCUGGUAUGUAAAAGCAGGGUUCUAGUAUACUUUGCUGCUGCCAUCACUGCUACUGUCAUAAUGUUGAUGCUGCCAACAUAAAUGCAACUCCCUACUUCACAGUUGUAGACAGGUGAGUUACAAAAUGGGAGGGGGGAUUCUUGAGCCAAUAGCUGCAGGGGAGGACUUUGUAGAAGGACAUUGUUUUUGUGGAGCAAGGUGAAACCGGGACCAGUGGGAACCUUACCUUAGGGUAACCGUAUACUGGCUAACCCAUCAUAGUAUCCAGCUCAUAUUGAUGCAUAUGCCAGCAUGGUCCAAAAACAGAUGACGCUGUCAGUUCAGGUUGGUCUGUUGCAAUGGACUCCCCAACCUGACAUACAGUUGUGUUCAGAAUAAUAGCAGUGUGUUUUAAAAAAGUGAAAAAAACUCAAAAUCCUUAUAAUAGCUUUUAUUUCCGUACACACAAAUGCAUUGGGAACACUGAACAUUCUAUUCCGACUCAAAUCAUGAAGUAAAAAUAUGCAAUAUUUGGUUUUCCUUUAGAGAAAGUGAAGAAAAGGGAAUAUUAGGCUGUUAAAAAAAUAGCAAUGUCUGCACAAACUCAAACAUUCACUUUAUAAGCUUAAAAAUGUUUCAAGAUUUUGCUUUCCUUUGAAUCACUGAACUGAUAUUUAGUUGUAUAAGUAGUGUUUCUGAGAACUGCUGCACAUCUGUGUUGCAUUGAGUCGACCAACUUCUGGCACCUGUGAACAGGUAUUCCGGCCCAGGAUGAUUGGACUACAUUCCACAAUUCUUCUGCAUUUCUUGGUUUUGCCUCCGAAAUUUUUGAUGUCACCACACAAGUUUUCUAUUGGAUUACAUAACACCCACUUCAAGAGCAUUUCCUCU